CUUCGCAAUAUGCGGAUCAUCAUCGCUCUCUCUGCGCUUGCCGCCGCGUCGGUCAGCGCCCGCUCGAUGGCCGACGACCUUGUCCAACAGCUCUUUGAGAUACACAACCAAGAGCGCCAGAAGAACGGCGUCGCGCCAUACUCGUGCCUCGACUCGCAGCUCAGUGAGCUCAGCAUGGACCACGUCAAGUACGAGGUCUCGAUCGACAACAUCAACCACGACGGCUUUAGCGAGCGCUGCAACAAGGUGGGGCAGGUCGCUUGCGGUGAGAACACCUUGUACGACAUGAAGGGCGAUGCCGCCAAGUUCACGACAAGCUGGAUGAACUCGCCGGGGCACCGCAAGAACAUUUUGAACGGCGCGUUCAAGCACGCGGGCUUUGCAGUGCAGCAGUCGUCGAAAUCGGGCAAGUGGUUUGCGACAGCCAUGUUUGCCGACUCGAACCCCAACCCCAACACCUGCGGCGGCCCCAAGCCGACGCCCAAGCCCAAGCCCACAAAGAAGCCUACGGUUGUCCCGACGACCGACCCGACGACCGCGCCGCCGCUGCCCAAGCCCACCAAGAAACCCACAACCAAACCAACACUGCCGCCCACGGAAGCUCCGACCGAUGACCCCGACGACGGUAGUUCGGAUACCGAUGAGCCCACGACGGCGCCGCCGCUGCCGAAGCCGACCAAAAAGCCGACCAAGAAGCCAACGCUGCGGCCCACGGAGGCUCCGACCGACGCCCCGGACGACGGUGAUGACCCCACGACGGCGCCACCGCUACCCAAGCCGACCAAGAAGCCGACGAGCAAGCCGACGGCCAAGCCGGACGACAAGCUGUCGCAGCUCUUUGACUACCACAACGCCGAACGUAAAAAGGUGGGUCUCCCACCCUUCGAGUGCUUGGACACAAAGCUGAGCGCCAUGGCGCUCGAGCACGUUAAGUACGAGAUCAAGCUCGGCGACAUCAACCACGACGGCUGGCUUGAGCGCUGCGCGGCCGCGGGCGCCGACCUCGCCAAGGCUCGGGGCACCGCGCCAACAUUGUGA